AUGUCGAAUGACUCAAGUUUCACUACAUCUGACAAAUAUGAAAGAGUAGGACCUGAUUACUUUGGGUAUUACUCUGCUGAAGUUGUAAAUCUAUUGUCACUAGAUGAGGAUGUUCUUCCUGUUUCAAACGAAUUACCUGAGCUACCUAAAAGUAAAUAUGAAGAAGGAAGAAAACAGAAUUUAGUCAAUCAAAGUGGAAAUUGUUCUGGUCCGCUAUAUAGUAAUGGUGUUGGUGCUGGGCUUUCCGAUUUUAAAAAGGACAGAUUAAAAUCCCUUCUCAGACAGAGUGUCAUUUCUCUUUCUUCUGAAGUUGAUGAGGUGGUUGAGCCUGUUUUUGCGACAUAUCAUUUGCAAUCCAAGCUAAAAUGUAAAUCACAUUCAGUGAAUGGUACUCCGAGUGUAUCUAACGAUGUUGUGCAAGGUCAUAGUAAAAAGCUAAAUGUGUCCUCAUCUUCAUCUUCAGCCAAGUUUCUUGAACAAACUACUAAUGUCAAUCCCCAAUGCAGUAGCAAGAUUAGUGAUGAUGUUAAGUUACUACUAGAGAAUGAUAGUGAGGAGGUCGUGGAGAUGGUGAAGAAAUAUUCCAAUGAACUCUCUAGAACGCUAGGUUAUAUGGAAGAAAAGCUUGAGUUGCUUCUUGAUACUACAAUGCUCAAGUGCAGGUAUUUUGCGAUACUUUUAUAA